GAUACUGAUCCUCCGCAUCAGCACAAGCAUCCGCAUCCUUACACAGCCUGAACACAGAACUCAGAGAGAGAGAGAGGGCACGGGCUAUUUUUUUUCACGUAUCUCCCUGACCCUCUCAAAAAACAUCCAAUUCAGACACUAACGGUUAGCGAUGGAGAGUUUGCUGGACAACCCCAUGAAAGCGGUGCUUUAUCUCAAAGAGCUGACGACCAUCGUGCAAAACCAACAGAGCCUCAUACAAACCCAGCGGCAGAGAAUCGACGAUCUCGAGAGGAAGGUGCAGGACCUUAUUGGAGAAAACCGGCGCCUGAGGGAUCCGCAUCAGCACCACCAGCAUCAGCAGCCUCAGCAUCAGCAUCCACCUCCUCCUCCACCGAGGAGCACCAGCCCAGCGCCACCAUCCGGGCCGCAUCCUCCACCGGUUGGAGCUCCGGGCCAGGCUCCGCAGCAUCACCCUCCUCCACCGGUUCAUCACCACCACCACCCUCAUCAUCAUCCCUCUCCGCCGCGACAGCUGCAGCUUGUGCCCGCUGCCCCACCGUGCAGCGCCGGUUCUCCUCCUGAGGAGCGAGAGGAGCGCGCGAGGAGCCCGCGGUGCAGGUCGCUGGUGCCGCAGCCGCCUGUGAGCCUCUGCCGUUCGGCCGGACUCGCCAGAAAAGCCGAAAACCAGACGGUGCUGCACCAGUUCUGCUGUCCUGCACCAGACGCUCCGGACGCUCCGGAAGCCGACUCUCAGGCCUGCGUACCCAGCAGUAAAGACACUCCCUCCGUUUCUCCCGAGGGCCCUGCGCCACCUCCGGAUGGAGACGUUUCUACUCCACCUGCUGAUGGAGGAGGGGGGGAUGGAGGAGGAGAUCCCGCGCGGGAGACUCCAGAGCCGGUGGUGGUGGUGGAGGUGGAAGUGAAGGAGAGAGUGAAUGAGAAUGAAGGAACGAAACCCGCAGCUGAGUCCUCCGAGCAGCAUCAGCAGCAGGAGAAGCAAGAGGAGAAGGGGAAGAAAGAAACAGAGGAAGAGGAGGCUGGAGGAGGGAGGGGAGGUGCAGGAGGAGGAGGCAGGAGACCCAGUCUGCACCACACCGCAUCCUCUCCUAUGAGGGUGCAAAGGAACGGGGCCUGCAGCCAUGCCAGCGCUUCUGACUACGAGCUCUCUCUUGACCUCAAAAACAAGCAGAUCGAAAUGUUAGAGCACAAAUAUGGGGGCCACCUCAUCUCGCGCCGUGCCGCCUGCAAAAUUCAGACGGCCUUCCGCCAGUACCAGCUCAGCAAGAACUUUGAGAAAAUCCGCAACUCUCUGCUGGAGAGCCGGCUUCCUCGCCGGAUCUCCCUGCGUAAGGUGCGUGUUCAGAAUGCCGAGGGUUUCUCAGCUGAGAGGGCGCUGGCCGAAGGCUGCUCUGUUGCAGGCAUUCCCCUGGUCCGGUCCCCAUCAUUGCCUGUUACCGUGGGUGGCAAUCUCACGGACCUGGAAGACUCCUUUACAGAACAGGUACAGUCACUAGCCAAGUCCAUUGAUGAUGCCCUUAGCAACUGGAGCAUGAAGACAAUGUGCUCUUUGCAGGAGGGAGGCACCUAUCAAUUUAGUACUGAAGCCUUUGGCACUGCAGGUGGAAAGCCUACAGUGGCUGUAACUGUUGGAGAGAGUGGUGCCCUAGAUCAGGCCACCCUCCAGAGUGGUACAGUGCUGGGAGACAAUGCAGACAACAUGCCCCGUAAUGCCAGCAAGCUAAUGAUGGCCUUUCGGGAUGUGACAGUGCAGAUUGAUAGUCAAAAUUUUCACAUGUCCUCUUCUGUCUUGGAGUCCUCCACAUCAGUGUCCCUUGGAAACUGUGUGCAACAGGGGGCCACAGUGACUGAGACCCCCAAACAAUCCCUUAUAGAUGAAACAAAACACCUAGAACCUCCUCCACCCCCCCAGGAACCAAUUCCCCCUCCCCCAGAGUCAGAUCUUGAAGAAAUCCCAGAGAGUGAUUUCCCAGCACCACCCCCCUGUGAUGAAGAACUUGUAGAGGAUCUACCACCUCUGGCCCUGGAGAAGACGGAGGCUCCAAUGCCAGAGGUUGCAUCCCCAGUGGAGACAGUAGAAGAGGCCAUUCCUACAGUGGGACAGACUCCAGUGGCCCCUACUGUAGAGGUUCUUGAGGCCAAGCGACAACUUUCAGACCCAGCUGACAACAGCUCAGAGCAAAUGAGCAGCAGCAGCACAUCAACAUCUGCCCGCUCAGCUUCUGAGGCCUCAUCCAAGGAAGCGCUGCAGACUAUGAUGCUCAGCCUGCCACGCUACCACUGUGAGAACCCAAGCAGCUGCAAAUCACCUACCCUUUCUACAGAUGUCAUGCGCAAACGCCUAUACCGUAUUGGUCUCAACCUCUUCAAUGUAAAUCCAGAUAAAGGCCUCCAGUUUCUCAUCUCACGAGGUUUCAUUCCUGAUACACCCAUAGGUGUAGCACACUUCCUGCUGCAGAGGAAAGGCCUGAGCCGCCAGAUGAUCGGCGAGUUUCUUGGCAACAGCAAGAAGCCUUUCAACAGAGAUGUCCUGGAUUGUGUGGUAGAUGAAAUGGAUUUCUCUGGGAUGGAGCUAGAUGAGGCUCUGAGAAAGUUCCAGGCUCACAUCCGUGUUCAGGGAGAGGCCCAGAAAGUGGAGCGGCUCAUUGAAGCGUUCAGCCAGCGCUAUUGCAUGUGCAAUCCAGAUGUGGUGCAGCAGUUCCACAACCCAGACACCAUCUUCAUCCUAGCCUUCGCCAUCAUCCUCCUCAACACAGAUAUGUAUAGCCCCAACAUCAAACCCGACCGAAAGAUGUUGCUGGAGGACUUUAUUCGCAAUUUGAGGGGUGUGGAUGAUGGAGCAGACAUCCCUCGGGACAUGGUGGUGGGCAUUUACGAGCGCAUUCAGCAAAGAGAACUACGGUCCAAUGAAGACCAUGUGACAUACGUCACCAAAGUGGAGCAGAGUAUUGUGGGAAUGAAGACGGUCCUCUCAGUCCCUCACAGAAGACUGGUGUGCUGUAGUCGUCUUUUUGAAGUAACCGACAUCAACAAACCCCAGAAACAAGCUUCUCACCAGAGGGAAGUCUUCCUUUUCAACGACCUCAUUGUGAUUUUGAAGCUGUGUCCAAAGAAGAAGAGCUCGGCUGCCUACACAUUCUGCAAAGCCAUGGGCCUCCUGGGGAUGCAGUUCCACCUGUUUGAGAAUGAAUACUAUCCCCAUGCGAUAACCAUCGUGUCUCCAGUCUCCGGCUCAGAUAAGAAGCAGGUCUUGAAUUUCUGUGCUCAGAGCUCAGAGGAGCUGCUCAAGUUUGUGGAGGACCUGAAGGAGUCCAUCGCUGAGGUGACUGAAAUGGAGCAGAUACGCAUUGAAUGGGAGUUGGAGAAGCAGCAGGGAGCCAAGACACUCCCUUCUAAGAACAAUGGCACCCAGCUGGAGCUUCGUGGGAGACAGAGCUCUCCAUCGGGCAAAAAUGAAGCAGACACAGCACAGCCGAGUGGACACAGUGCGGUAGAGGUGUCAAUUCACAACAGGCUUCAGACGUACCAGCUCAGUGCAGUGCCAACCCCAGAGAGCGCCGCCCUUCUUAACCAGCGAGGGGAGCUGUGCCAGGCGCUGUGUGCCAGCCCUGUGCCCUCGUACCCCCACCAGCGACCCGACACGCUCAUCCAAUGCCAGCAGAUUGUCAAGGUCAUCGUGCUGGACAAAGGCGGCCACGGGCGUGUCGAAGCCCUCCUCGGUCAGAGCCCCACCCACCAGCUUAUCUCUUCACCUGAUGGGGGCGGAGCCCAGCGGGAAAAGGAUGGUUCUCAGCCUCCGCUACCUCCGCCUCCUCCACCAUACAACCACCCUCAUCAGUACAUCCCUCCUGACCCCCGCUUAACUCUGCAUAGGACCCUGAGUGGCUCUCGAAGUAUUGUCUAGAGCUAAAAAAUACCUUGGAAAAAAUAUAGAUAACCUUCAUGUGCUUACCAUUUGUGUAUAUAUGUAAACAUACAGAGAAAUAUAAUGGAAAGAAAAAAGAAAAAUGCAUAUAUAAAUACAUAUAUUUAAGGUAAAAGAAUUAAAAAAAUAAUAAUAAAGAAGUAUGUACUUUAUUAACUUUGCAGAUAUGUGAAAUAACAAUGACAUGAAAAGAAAAAUUUACUUGAUUCAAGCAGAUUUUGAAAAACAAAAUGUAGUUUUAAAAGAUUUCUUUGUCACUUUGGACUCUUACAGGUUGUACAAGUCAUUAUUUGGAAGAAUUUCUCUGGUAUUUUUAGAGCUAAAUGAGAAAAGGAAUUAAGAUCAAUACACUCCAAAACAGUCUAAUUCCACAAUGACAGCCUGUCUCUGAGCUAGAUCUGAUUUAUUUUAGUCUUUUAUUACAUUACCGUAAAACCUGUUGUGUGUAUGUGUGAGCACUAAACUGAUGGGUGAUAUAUGUGCCAAAAUAAGAAAAAAAAGAAUAAUUGAAAACAUUUUAACUGCAAUAUUUUUUUCUCAAGCUCUGUAUGUGGUCAUGUGUCCACAUUGUGCUCUUUUGAAUGGGGACAUACACCAAUCCACCAAUUGUUAUUGCUCAACAUGUCAGAAAAUACGCUUAAUUCUCCUGCUUUAAGCUGAUCACAAACAGUUGUCUGGAACUCUUUCCAUCUGCUCUCUUGCUCAGGAACUCCAGAACGUAUAUGAACAUGUAGCAUCUCAGAAAGUAAGUGGCACGAACAAAGAGGACUUCUUAAUCCCAGCUUCCCUUUUGGCACACAUGGAUAUCUGCUUGGCAUUCUGUGAUCCAGUUUGAAAAACAGCAUAAUGACUUUGACUGUUUCUUUGACACCAAUUUCAUUGCAGCAGCACUUACUAGAUAUAUUAAACCCUUACAUCUAUUGGACCUGAAGUUCACUUAGCGUCACUGUUUGUUUUCCUCAGUAUAACUCUGUUCACAUUUCGAUGUAAGCAACACUUAAAAUAAGCUGUGCAUUUUUGGGACAAAACACUUGAAUUUUAAUGGUUGUUUCCUGUUUGUUUAGUCUCAUAUGAGAUGGAUGUCGAAAUGGGGAUAAAAAAAAUAAGUUUUGUUUUGUACUAUAUGUAUAUAUCAUAUUCCGAGUCUGAAUAGGGUACUGAAACUGUUUGGGUCUGGUAAAUGUUAACGGUCUUUGAUCUGUCUUCAUCUUAGACAGGUCAUUUUCUGUUUAGUCUGGAAGUGUAUUAAUCAUGAGCACCAUCAAUAUGUCUUGAAUAGGUGUUCGUUUUCAGCUCCCCUGUCCUCUUAUCAGGCCAAGAGGUUCGUUUAUAAUUACACUGCUGCUGUUCAGAGCUCCCUAUCUGAUUCAGUCUCCCAUGUUUCAUUCCACACACAUUUCCAUGCAAGGUAUUGGAAAUGAGACCGAGCGAAUCUCUUUGGAGCUGUCUGUAGUGUGAGUUGAUUUACUGGCCCUGGCUUGUUGAUUGGAUAGCGUCAGACUGCCUAUUCCCAUCUCUAUCACCUCUACCACCCUACCUAUCCACACUUAUCUAAAAAAAAAAAAAAAAUGUACCAAAUGGACCUCUGUCCUUUAUCAAGGAGAACUCCAUCCACACUUACUCCACCUAGUUUAAAGUUGUAGAUGAGGACAUUGCUUCGGAGAUAGGAAUUUUUUCUAAAAUUAGCUUUAAAAAAUUAGAUGCGGCUCUGCAGCCUUCAAAACAUAAAGCUCCCCCAAGUUGAACCGCUUUUUCCCUGUGUAUGAAAUAUUGAAUGAAUGACAUUCAUUUUUCAGGAGGUAAAAACCUCCUAAUAAACUCUGCACAACUCUUUGCUUCCCUGAGUGUAUAGUGCCUGAAAGAUAUAACCACGCUAUAUGUGCUUAUAGGGUAUAAGAUGUUUAGAUAUAGUCACAGCAAAUGCAGCCAAAGGCUAUGAUGCUAAAGCUAGCUCUGGAUUUGACUGAUACAGAAAGGGCUAGUACACUGAGUACUGUAGCUGCCUUUAAAUAACACUGACGUCUGCAUCGGGCUAGCAGGGUGUGCUAACGGGGCUCUGACAUUAGAACCAUGUUUUCCCAUUUGCUUUGACCCAUUUUCCUCUCUGUAUGUGUGUUAUCUACAUGCUAUUGAAAUUAAAAAUUUCUGUAUCUACA